ACCUUGCGACGACGGCAUUCCACGAGAAAAGAGGUUGCCACAACCUGACAGCGCCGCCCACCAUGGAAGUCGACACCCCCCAAACGCAAACGAUAUCCCGAAACAACACACACUCCAAUGGCGCCGUCCAGGUGAAGAGACGCACCGACCUCCUCCCGCGUGAGGAGCGGGAGAAGACCCGGAAGCUGAAAGAGGCGAACAAGUCGUACGGCCGCGGCAAGAAUAUCAACAUCAAGUCGAUCCGGGACAAGAAGCUGCGCACCAACCUCUCGCGGCUCGAGAGCAAGUACCGCGACGCCACGAUCAAGGCCAAGGAUGCUGAGAUCCUGCUCGAGAACUCGGGCGGCUUCCUCGAACCCGAAACGGAACUCGAGAGGACCUACAAGGUCCGCCAAGAUGAGAUCACCGAGAGCGUCGCCGUCACGACGGCGCAGAAGCGUUUCGAGCUGAAGCUGGAGGAGCUUGGCCCGUACGUUGGCGAGUACACCCGCAACGGCAGAGAACUCCUGCUCGCGGGACGCAAGGGUCAUCUGGCGACGUUCGACUGGAGGGAAGGCAGGCUGGGGUGCGAGAUUCAGGUGGGCGAGACGAUCAGGGACGUGAGGUGGCUGCACAACAACCAGUUCUUCGCCGUUGCGCAGAAGAAGUAUGUCUACAUCUACGACCACAACGGUGUGGAGAUCCACUGCUUGAGGAAACACAUGGAGGUUACGCACAUGGAGUUCCUCCCCUACCACUUCCUCUUGGGCACGGUGGCAUCGACUGGUUUCCUUAAGUACCAGGACGUUUCGACCGGCGACAUCGUCUCCGAGAUGCCCACCAAGCUUGGCCCUCCGACAGCCAUGACCCAAAACCCGUGGAACGCCGUCUUCCACGUCGGACACCAGAACGGCACAGUAACUCUCUGGUCGCCGAACCAGACCGACCCCCUCGUCAAGCUGCUGGCCCACAGAGGACCCGUGAGGUCAUUAGCCGUUGACCGGGAGGGCCGGUACAUGGUCUCGACCGGUCAAGACUGCAAGAUGGCGGUCUGGGAUAUCAGAAUGUUCAAGGAGGUGAACCAGUACUUCACAAGACAACCCGCGUCUUCAGUGGCCAUUUCCGACUCUGGUCUGACGGCUGUCGGAUGGGGCACGCAGACGAGCGUCUGGAAGGACCUCUUCCUGAAGAACGAGCCCGUCCAGCAAAAGGUGCAGAGCCCGUACAUGGCGUGGGGCGGCGAGGGCAAGCGCAUCGAACGAGUGCGAUGGUGCCCCUUUGAGGAUGUUUUGGGCAUGGGCCACGACGAAGGAUUCUCGUCCAUCAUCGUCCCCGGUGCUGGAGAGGCCAACUUCGACGCCCUCGAGGUCAACCCCUUCGAGACGGCCAAGCAGAGACAGGAGGCCGAGGUCAAGGGCCUGCUGAACAAGCUGCAGCCGGAGAUGAUCGCGUUGGACCCCAACUUCAUCGGCAACAUCGACCUGAGGUCGGACAAGCAGCGCAAGGCCGACAGGGACCUUGACGCGAAACCGCUGUCGAUCGAGGAGGAGAUCAAGAAGCGCGCGAGAGGCAAGAACGGUGCGCUCAAGAAGUACCUGCGCAAGCAGAGGAAGAAGAACAUCAUCGACGAGAAGCGGAUGAAGGUCGACGAGAUCUGGGAGAAGCAGCAGAAGGAGAGGGAGAAGAAGAACAAUGAGGUCGAGGCCGACCUCGGCCCGGCGCUGUCUAGGUUUGCGCGCAAGGAAUAAUUUGUGGC